AUGAAUCCCAGCGCCCUCCUUGGCCUUUUGGCCUUUGCAGCCGCCGUGACUGCUGCUCCUCCAAAGCGUCACGCCACUGCCCACUCAAGCUCUUCGGUUACAAACUUCAAGAGCCAUAUCAAGAAUGUGGUCAUCCUCGAAAUGGAGAAUCGCUCCCUGGAUAAUCUCCUGGGUGGUCAGACCCUGAAGGGUAUCGAGAACCCUAUUAACAACGGCCCCUACUGCAAUCCAUACAACCUGACCGACUCUACGCAGGGCAAGGUCUGCAGUGCUGCUAAGGACUUUGACUCUAUUUUGGAUGACCCCGAUCACUCAGUUACCGGCAACAACAUCGAGUUCUAUGGGACUUUCACUCCUGACAAUGCCGCCAUUGCCAGUGGCAAGCUCACUCCUCCCCAGCAGGGUUUCGUGCACGAGCAGCUGCGCCGCUAUGGUGAUGACGUGAAUAAGACCUCGCUGGCGAAGCAGGUCCUUAACUACUACACCGAGGAUGAGGUGCCUGUAUUGACCUCCCUGGUGCAGAACUAUCUGACCUUCAAUCACUGGCACUCAGACCACCCUGGCCCUACCAACCCUAACCGGGCCUACGUCCUCUCUGGAACUUCCGCUGGCCACGGCACCAAUGACGAUUCAUUCGAUUCCGAUGUCCACGGCCUAACCCAGCGCUCUAUUUUCCAGCAACUGUCCGAGACCAACCACACCUGGAAAAACUACUACACAAACACCGGCAUGGUAGAUGCCUUCUUCUUCGACUGGACCUUUACCUCCGGCAACACCGACAAAGCCGUCCCACUAUCCAAGUUCUACUCCGACGCGAAAGCCGGCACCCUUCCAGAAUUCAGCUUCAUCGAUCCAUCCUGCUGCGGCACCGGCACAAACUCAAUGCACCCAACCGGCCUAAUCUCCGACGGAGAAACAUUCAUCAAGAACGUCUACGAUGCACUCCGCGCCUCGCCCCAGUGGAAUCAAACCCUCUUCAUCCUGACCUUUGACGAGACCGGCGGUUUCCACGACCACGUUCCCCCACCCCUGGCCGCACGCCCAGAUAACUUGACUUACACCGAGACCGCGCCCAACGGCGAGAAGUACACUUUCUCAUUCAACCGUCUCGGUGGGCGUAUCCCUACUCUGCUGAUCUCGCCAUGGGUUGGCAAGGGUCUUGUUGAGCAGAAGGGUACCAACUCGGAUGGGCAGACUGUUUCAUACUCUGCUUCGUCUAUCUUGCGGACUUUGGGUUAUCUGUGGGACUUUGAGCCGUUUACGCCUCGUGUUGCUACCUCGGCCUCGUUUGAUCAUUUGAUUACGAAUGUCAAGCGUAGUGAUACCCCUGUGGCUCUGCCCAAGCCCCAGUCUUUCAAGGUGAAGGCGUAA